AUGUCACCGUUGAGCACAUUCGUUGCCAGCCUAGGUCUCAUUGGCCUGGGCUCAGCUGCGAUUCUUCCAAAGUUGAAUAGUUAUCCCGGUCACGAUCUGGCUAUGGAAAACCGUACACUUGAUGAGAUUUAUGCUGCAGCAAAGAAUGAAUCUGGUGAACUGAUCGUUCUCUGGGGUGGAGACGCUGUUAGCCAGGGAGAUCCCACCAUUGCUGCGUGGCAGGCUCGGUUCCCCGACGUGAAGCUCAACUUGACCGUAGAUGUGUCGAAAUACCACGAUAGUCGGGUUAAUCGACAAUUCCAGCGUGAUGGCACCGAUGGUGCUGACAUUGCUGUUCUUCAAACCCUCCAUGACUAUGGCCGAUGGAAGCGCGAAGGACGCCUUCUUCCCUACAAGCCUUCUAAGUGGGAAGACGUCUAUUCAUCGAUCAAGGACCCCGCGGGCGCUUUCACUGGCACGUACAUCUAUCAAUUUGGUAGCUUCGUUUACAACAACGAAUCACUGAAGGCUUCUGACGUUCCUGAAACCUAUAAAGGAUUCUUGGACCCUUUCUGGAAGGACAAGCUCGUUCUUACCCAGCCCAACGACGACGAUGCGAUUACUUACUUGUUCUCGACCCUUAUUGAGAAGUAUGGCUGGGAAUGGUUUGAAGGUCUACAGAAGCAAAAUGUGAAGUGGGUUCGUGGAACAGGCGAGCCCGCAAACUACGUGGCCGAUAAGAACUCCUCUCGUGUUCUUUCCUUCACUACUAACUUGAUUACCGCCGAAAAUAUCGCCAACAAGGCUGUGGAAGAUACUCGUCUUCUUUGGCCUCAGACUGCUGCGAUCUUCGCCACCACGCCCCGCCCAGAAAGCUCCCGACUAUUCAUGAGCUGGUUGCUCAGCGACGAGUACCAACAACAAUUCAUCGACAAUGGCAGUUUCCUCUCUCGGAAAGGCUUGGUUUCAAAGUCUGGUAGCGUAUGGGAUGAGCCCUACACUGCCCUCAGCCAGUUCUCUACCUUCAUGGAAAAUCGUGACCUUGUCGAGUGGUGGAGACUCCAGUUCGAAACCUCUCUUGGAGUUGCCAUCGGAGUGAGCCCUGUUGACUCUUUCUAUGGAAAGAUCCACGCUUGA